AGUUUUCACAGGCUUGGAACAGUGUCGCGUUUUUCAGUUCGUUUUGGCAAGAGUGGAGCAAAACGCCUAGUCGAUGGAAAAUUUCACGAACAAAGCAGGAAAAACAAAAAGUUCGUUUCCGUUUUUCAUUGCAGAUUUACUACAAGUACUUCAAGUUGAAAGAGGACAACAAAAAUGCCGUCCGUCUGUCAGCACCUCUUCUCCUCUUUUCUGCAAUCACACGAGGAAACAGCGGGUGCUUUCCAACACACCAUCAAGAAUCUCCUUUUCAAACAGGAUGACAAGGCGUUUCACAUUGCCGGGAAUCACGACUGCAAGCAACCGUUGCGACCAGGGACGAUGCUGGACUGGACAGGAGGUGCUCCUUCAAGAACCGCAGGGAACAGCUCAAAAAUUUUACCGGGUCAACAAGUUGUAGGUGGUAAUCAAGCCGUCACCUUCCAGCCGCUCGGGGAACCACAGGCAACAGGCCAGGAGGUAGGGCUGCACGAAGGCAAGAGGACAGCAGGUGGUUCUAGUAACGGAGCUGACAUCAUCUCCACAGAACACCACAAACCCCUGCCUGAUUUACCCGCCGACGUGAACGCGCAGCCGGAUUUUGCAAAUUCUUUACCGGAGAUCAACGCGGUCGAGGGGAUUGUCAACCGCAUGGAGGAUUUGAAAGCCACGGCGAGACAGGAGCUGCAGGGACAGCUCCUCCAUUUAAUGAACCUGAACAACGCGGAGAAUUCAAUUUUGAAAAAUCUGAAAGUGACGACGCAAGCCGCGAAACUGGAGCGGUUUGCGCAACAGCGGGAUUUGCGGGAAUUUAUCGAGGAAGACGUGGUCAUCCGGCCCGUUGAGGAUAGUAAUAGUGCCGCCUCGAUGCUGGAGGAAUUUGGAGGAGGCGAAAAUAGAACUUCAAUUGGAAGUUUUUUGAGAUGA